GCCGGUGUCCUGUACAAAAGCAUCCGGCUACACCCGGAAGCUGUAGGAGGAGUGGGCUAUGGCAGACGUAGAACCUAGGAGAGCUAAGAGCCCGCGUCGUGGCCGCGGCCGAGGUCGGGGCCGGGGCCGGGGCCUGGGUCAGCGGCGACCUCAAACCUGGGAGAUCUCCGACUCAGACGGCGAAGGGGCCGCCUCCAGGGAAGUCGGCACGCAAACCUCGAGUACAGUAAGAGAACACAGGGCGGCGGCCAAGGCGUUACGUGCGGAUCAGGUCCUGAGUCGUCUGGCGGUGUGCGUGGACCCAGCUGUCCUGGAAUAUGCAGGCUCCGACAUCCUGAUGGAGGCGCUGGGCAAGCUAGGCUGUGAAUGCCGCAUCGAGCCGCAGCACCAGUCCCGCAGCCUGCAAUGGAGCGUUGUGAGGCCCGAUCCAGCCCCCAGCCGUGUACCUCUGGAGGCGUGGGCUGAGAAUGAGCAGGAACAGUUGCUGCUGCUAGAACCCCAGGAGUUUCUUCAGAGUGCUAUGCAGCUGACCCAGAUCACAGGCCCACCUUGCUCCAUGCCCUGGCUUUCUUCCAACAGUCCCAUCCGUUCCCACCUGGCUGUCAUUGGACUGGAUGCAUACCUGUGGUCUCACCAGCCCAGUUCUCAGAAGACAUGGCAGCUACAGAAGUCAAGGGAAGCUCAUGCCGAGGUGGCCAUCAGCUGGCCAGAGGUGGAGGAGGCCCUGGUGCUGCUUCAGCUCCGUGCAAACCUGGAUGUGCUGCUGGUGGCCUCAUGGUGGGAGCUGAGUCAGUAUGUAUGCGCCUUCACCAAGGCCCUCUCCCAGCGCCCCUCCAAGCAGUGCCGGGACUCCUGGGCCUUUCCCUUCUGCUCAGCAGGGCACUGGGCCUCAGGCCAGCAAGUGACCAAAAAUGGCUCUGGGCUCGGAGGAGUGUGGUGGCGGCAAAUCAGACAGUUCAACCGGGUCAGCCCAGCUGUGGCUGAUGCUGUUGUCACUGCCUUCCCCUCCCCCCGCCUUCUGCAACAGGCUCUACUGGACUGCAGCACAGAGCAGGAGCGCCUGAGUCUCCUAGCUGACCUCCCUGUGAAGGUGCAGAGAGGCAGGCAGCCCCGCAGGGUGGGGCCAGACAUCUCACGCCGAAUCUGUAUCUUCUUGACUACCACUAACCCCGACCUUCUGCUGGACCUGAGCUCUUGACCACACCUGUGACAUCCUUGGGCUGCCUCCUGCCCAUCAGCAGAGUAGGACAAACCUGCCCAAGAGACUGACUAAGUCACUCUGAGAGGCAGGCAAGGUUUAGGCCCAGCCACGAUACUUUUUUCAGUAUGGGGUAGACUAUUAUUCCCGGGUCAAAUGGAAGCAUCGUGGGAGGUGAGGGGGUAAGGGAAGCUGGGAUGAAGAGAAGAGUCUGGAAGGUAGUAGGCAGCAAGGGCCCUGAGGUGACUGGGGCUUCAACGUGCGUUUGUCCUGGAUACUAGUUGCAGGGCCGAGUACCCAGUUGGGCAAUUCCCAAUUUCAUUGCUAUCUGGAAGCUUAGGGUACACCCUCAGGAGGAGAGAUCCAAGCUGCUGGACAGACAGACACAGUGGAAGGUAAACCAUAGGCACAGGCAGCUCAGGCCUUAUUGAGGACUCUUUUAAUGUUAUAGCCUAUGGGAAUGAGACAAAAACCCUUCACAGGGCACCAUCUUUGUAACGGGCAGGAGCUGACAGCAUGCAGUUGCAAGUCAGGAAAACCCCAAGGCCCUGUGAGUUGGGACAGCCCAUCUCCUCCUCCCUGGCUGUCCAUGUUCCACUCUGAGUAAGUAUCCCAAGCUUGUAAUCUAGGUCCAGGAGUGUUCGAGCUGCUGUUUCCAAGAUACAUGGCAACUCAAGCAGACAGGAGUGCUCCUUCCCCACCCACCACCAGCACAUGCGGUAGAAUGGCCUCCACACUCCUGGCCAACAGAGGCUGUCCUGGCUUCAGGGAGAUGGGGACAAGCCUAGACAGAUCUCAGCUCUUCCCCCUCCUGCAGUGUUGGAAGGGACAGAAUAAGGUAGUUGCACCCAGCUGGAGAAGUCAGCUUCUUCUGCAGCGCUUCCUCUGACAGGGCCUGGCCUCAGGGCUCUCGGCACCAGCUGUGGCUGUGCCCGAAGCAGGUACAGGGGACUUCAGGCGGCUGCAGUUCAUGCUCAGGACCCAGCCCAGCUUGUCAUGCAGCACUUGCUUGAGUCCAGGUGGCAAGGGAAGGCCCUCCAGGGUAUCCCCCGAGUUUGGCCGCAGCUGGCGCAGGCGAUAGCAACACAGGUAUUGCAGGGAGGUGGAGCUGGCACAGGAGCGGAUGACUUUCAUACUGCUCUUGGCAGCUGUGGAGCACACCAUCGGGUAGAACCUUCUGUUUUGCAGCCGAGUGGCAGCCACUCCUGGAAAGAAGACUCAGCCUGAGUGCCAUGUAGAUCAGGAGCCAGGAAGCUCCUCCCAUACUGCACCAUGGUGGACAGCUCAUGCCACUCUGAACACAGAAGACAGACUCACCUCUGGCCUGCUAACCCUACCUGGGCUUAAGCCCUGUCCACCCUUGAGAGCCUCAGAUCACAGACUGCCUGACCCCACGCUAUAGGCUUCCAACUCUGGUCUCCAGGGUCAGGCUGAGACCUGGUCAGGAAGGACUCUCACCUAUGCACUUCCUGUUCUUGAAGAAGGUCAGUGUCCCAUGCCAGGUGUCCAAGUGUACGCCAAUAAUAGAGCCCUGGCCGAAGCGUGA